GUCUGUGCCCCGCGCCGGAGCCUCCGCUGGCCCUCGCGCGCCUCUGCAAAACAAAGCGCCCUGCGCGGCAGGCAGUCCCUGUUCCAGCCGCGGGCGGCCCAGCAACGAGCUCCGUUCCGGGCCGCAGUGCCCGCAACCGCCAUGGCCGCCGCGGCGCCUGCCGAGCCUCGCGUCACCUCCUGCUCGUCGCCAGGUACGUAAUUUCCUCCGGCCGCGGGUGCUGGGCCACCGGGAGCGCGGCGGGGUGGCGGAGCUGCGGGCGGGGGCGGCCCAGGCAGGGCCCGCUGCGUGGCGGCGAGGCAUGGGGAGUCGGUGCGCGGUCCCGGCGGGCGGCGGUGCUGGGAAGGGCCCUCGUGGUGGCGGGUGGCCUCGAAGAGCUCGGUGCAGAUCACGUUUGAAGAGGGUCCUCAGCUACCACCAGCAGCAAACCUCAGCCACGUGACAUGCAAGGGCCAGUCAGACCACAGCAUGGUGCUACACUGCAAUCUGUCAGCUGAAGCUGUGAAAUUCCCUGUCUCUGUUACUCAGCAGUCGCCAGCUGCUGUUUCUGUGGAUACCUAUCAUGUCACCUUGGCUCUGCUGCAGGCUCAGGUGGAGAUCCACUUGCAGGAGAUACAGAAUGAGGGUCUCCUGGUGUCGUGGACAUUCAAGGACAGACCAGACCUGAAUCUCUCUGUUCUUCCGAGACUUCAGCCUCAUGAGAAUGAAGGAAGAGUGGAUCUGUCCACCAUAAAGGAUCUGAUAGAGGAUACCAUUGUCAGCACGCAGCCAGCCAUGAUGGUGAAUCUGAAGGCCUGCACUGCAGGGGCCAUUGCGGUAUGCAGCGAUAAGGUGACUCGAGAGCCCCCAUCCAGUGUGGCAGCCCCUCUGGGGUCUAAGCUGUUGCUCCGGAAUCUGCAAGUGCUGAACUUGGGCUGCACAGGGAAGGCAGGAGUUGGGGAAAUACACUGUGUGGUGGAGCUAGACAGCCCUCUGCAGCAGAAAUGCACAAAGCCGGUGAAAGCUGGUGCUGCAGCAGAGAUGGAAUGGAACGAGGAGCUCUUUCUGGAGUUGGGGCCUAGAAGUAAAGAGCUGAAGCUACGAGUGCUGGGGAGCGAUGGCAGAGGAGAGAAUGUGCUGCUGGCACAUGCUACGCUUUUGCUUGACUCUUUGGGCAAACAACCGUCUGGAAGACAGGUCUGCUUGCUGGCUCCGGGAGCUGGGCAGUCAUUGGCAGCUGAAGCUACUAUUAUGUUGGAGCUGCUGUACCAGGAGUGUCCUGCAUCUCUGAAUGCUCAGCAUGCCACAUCUCUGCGUACAAGCAUCACCCCCACCAAGAAGGUUGAAAUGGACCGGACCAUCAUGCCCGAUGGCACCAUCGUGACUACUGUCACCACAAUUCAGUCCCGGCCCAAGGCAGACUGCAAGCUGGAUUCACCAUCAAGGUCACCAUCCAAGGUGGAAGUGACUGAGAAGAAGACAACGGUGCUUUUGGAGAGCAGCUGUCCUCGCAGCGCCUUGUCCAGUGGUAGCUGGGACAGCCAUAUGCCCAAUGGCUUGGAUCCGGUGGCUGAGACAGCGAUCCGGCAGCUAACUGAGACAAACAACAAGCCUGCCAAGAAGACCCCAACAAAACGUAGCACGUUAAUCAUCUCAGGAGUUUCCAAGGUACCUAUUGCCCAAGAUGAAAUGGCACUUUCUCUGGGUUAUGCUGCAUCCAUGGAGGCCACCGCAUACCGGGAUCCUGUAGCGGCAGAUGCAGCUGACCAAGUGCAUGAUUCUACCGAAUCAUCACAGCUGUUCGAAGCGUCGCUGUCAGGACAAAGAGCCAGUCAGGAGCUGGAUGAGACAACGCGAUCGGACAUCUCUGAGAGACCGUCAGUGGAAGAUGUUGAGUCUGAAACUGGCUCCACGGGAGCCCUGGAGACCAGGAGCUUGAAAGAUCACAAAGUUAGCUUUCUUCGGAGCGGUACCAAGCUCAUCUUCCGGAGAAGGAGCAAGCAGAAGGAAGCAGGCCUGAGCCAGUCGCAUGAUGACCUGUCUAACGUCAGCACCAGCUCUGCCACCAGGAAGAAAGCUGGCAGCUUCUCCCGCCGCCUCAUCAAGCGCUUCUCCUUCAAGUCUAAAUCCAAAUCUAAAGCCAGUGACAGCACAACAACAGGUGAGAACUGAAGGAGGGAGAAGUCAGUCAGAAAGAUUGCACAGAAACCCUUUUCUCGUCUCUUGUCUUCCCACUCCACGGUAUCUGUGACCUACAGUCCAGUUUCUUCCAGUGUUGGCUGAGGGAAGACACCCCAGUGCUUUACAGUGUUCGGGGAGCAAAGGCGUGGUGAACCCAGGGCUUAGGCUGCUCGCCUGCCUUGGCUUGGCCUUCUCUGACUGUUGUGACCCACUGUGCUCUCCUGAGAAAUCCAGCUGGCAUGCUAAACCGCACAGGGGUCCCCGGAGCUGCAGAAGUGACUAUGCGUAGCCAUCCAGCUUCAUCUGACCCCUCCUGGAAAGAGAAGGGACCCCUCAUGUGACAGCCUCGGAGUUAAAAUUUGGGAGACUACCAGAAUAGCUGCCUCUCCAAGAGGUGCGGGAUGCAGCCCUGUUUGGCUCUUCUGGUGGGAGAGAAUGGUGCAGUCACUGGCAGUCUAAAUGUUUGCAGUACUUCUGCUGCGUGCAAAGGCCGUAACCUGACUGAGGUGCGAUGUGGUGUGGGGCAAGGUGUUCCUGGGCUGUGAGCUAUCAGCAGAAUGAGCCGUGGUUCUCCACCCAGCUCUGCUGUCGGAAUGGUCUCUGGUUCAGAGAGUGCCGAGAGGUGCUUGCUUUCUCUUCUGUUCUGAUGAAGAAAGGAGUCUCUGAGGAGAAGGAAGUCUUGACCACUGGGCAAGAUUCUAGAGAAGGCCAAGCCCUUGCAAGAACAUCUGGUCACUGCUGUCAGUGCUGCCACCCUCUGACGCCAGUCUCCUCUGUACCUGUAUUCAGGAAUGGGGAAGGGACUGUGCCUCCAUGUGUGUCUUCUUGUACGAGUGGACUUUUUUUCCUUAAGAGGUGGUAGGGAGUGUUACUGGUGAGUCACUGGGAAAGUGGAUGCUGUCUUUUGGUCUCGUGGAGUGCCUGGCCUUGCAUUCCAGCAGUUUUAGCACUGACAACCAGCGUCAUGCUGGGAAACUGAUAAUGAGGGCUGCGGUGAUGCUAGCGAAAGGGCAGUUUGCUGUGCAACUUGAAGCCAUGUGGUGGAAAGAGUCAAGAGUUUACAUGUUUUUGCUGACAGAAAUGCUUCCUGUAGUAGAAGGAACCUUUUUUGAUUGCAUCGGAUACUAGUCUGGAGGAUCUGAUUCACUGUGUUCAAGCAGGGUGUGUGUUUUCUUGAGGGAAAGCUGCACAGAGGAAAAUCAACUGCUUGUGUUGGAGGAGGCUUUUCCAUUUUAAAUGCAUGGUUUUCCACCACAACACCCAUGUUCCGAAUGUCCCCUGAGGCCCUGUUUGGAUCAGUGUAACAGCAGUGUUUGGGAAAAAUGCUUGCAUCUUGUAGGAGCAAAUGGUUUGAAUGGAAGCUCUCAUUCUUCUGCAGGAUGUAGACUUAAUAGAACAGAGCAGAAGGGAGAAAAUCGCAGUGAAGAGCUCACCUAGGCCUCCCUGGAUUCUCUAGCUCUGCUGUCUUACGGUAGCUCCCAAGAUGGGGAGUGUCGCUAGUCCUCAUGCAGGAUGUGACCAAUUUAAAAAUUACAAGUUCUCUCAAAUCGUGUGUGAAACAAUGCACUGUGUGAUUCAGAAAGACAAAUCCUGGCUUACUGGUGUCGCCAUCACGGGACAUAUUGAAGGACUGGAAUGGGCUUGGUGGCAUGCCACCGUGAAAGGAUUUACAGGUGGGAAUUUCAGGGCCUAUGUUGAAGGUGUCUGGAAUUAGGGAAGGCCUGAGUCACCUGGGGCUUGGAUUGAAAGCACUGAUGUGUGCCAAAUGAAAGGACUCUCAUUCCUGUUUUUCCUUCUGAUUUCCCACUGGAUUGGGCAUGCAUGAUAAAACAGACUGGUCCAGCUAGCUGACCAGGAAUCUCUUCUCCAUCUAUUUUUUUUGGUCCAGAAGUCUUUCUAUCAUUCCCAACCUCUUUAAUGUUUUUUUUUUAUCCCUUGUUUCUUUUUUUGCCAGCAAACUGCUGUGGGUAGGCCUUUGUCGCUUUGCUCACAGCUCUCUUUGCUACAGAUGUCAGAGCGCUCACUACUAGUCACUGAAAAUCAGUUUUCUUGAUGGAGUUGGCCAGUUCCUGCUGCAGCACUGUUGGAAAUUGGCAGUCUGCAUCUAGGCUGUUAGGAGCUCAGCUGUCGGUCUGGAAGCAGGCUUCCUUCUCUGGAUCAGUGUCAUGCGUGGCAGUGUCAUUCACAGGUGCACCCUUGUUCCCAGAGCUCCAGGGUUUGGUUCCAGUUUGGCAUUCCCUUUUGCACUAUCCCUGCUAUGACUCUGCCUCUGCCACUCACAUUACUUGAAUUCUCUGUUUCGUUUUGUUAGAUUUUGAGGUUGCUUUGAAUGAAAUGCACUGAACCUAGACAGUGCUGCAUCGCUAUCGGAAUGGCCAUGAAACCUUGCCCUAGAAAUGCUAGCUUGAAUUGACAGGAACUUUAAGAGAAGUCAGCAGCUCUCCAAUUAUGGGCUUAGCAUUUGACCUUUCAUGAUUCAAAUUCAAGAUUUGGGUUUUUUUCUUUAAACUGUGAGCAGAGUGAGUUGUCUCAGCGUGUGGAGCAGCUGGUGGUGAAUAUCCAGAGCUCACACCUGCACAUCUGAAACUCAGCUAUGGCAUUUGAGUACAUCACAAGGGCUGCCAGGGAUAGUGAGUAUUGUCCUCUUUGGUAUAAACCUGAUGUGGAAAAUGUCAGCAAGUUUUGUGUCUGACAAAUGCAUACUUAGGUUGUAAUCAGAACACUUUGGUCUGCCUGAGAGGAAGGAGGCAAUAGGAAACCUAGAAGUAAAACCAAAACUAGAGUUCUUCAUCAACCUCAGGAGACUGAGGUUCUCUUUGAAGCUGUGUUAGAUAGGCAGUUCCUGCAAUACAUAUGUGGGCUUUACAACACAUACUGAAUUUGUUCCCAGCUUGUUGGCUCUGGGAUACUCCUGCAGAUGAAUUGCGGUGGAAUUGCUGUUUUGAUUUUGAGCUCUGACCUGGCAGAAGAAUCAUCUGGAAAUAUCUUGCACUGUACUCUAUGGAAUGAAUGCAACACGAGAUGUGGAGUGGUUGGUGUAUAUUUCCCCUUGAAUUUUGAGCAGUGCUUUUUAUCAUGGGCAGUAAACUGAACCUGAAAGUUUGCAUCUGGUUAGAUUGCUUGCAAAGGAAAGCGUUGUCCUCAAGUUCAGACAGAGCACUGCCCCAAACAUUAAUUCCCACAUCUGUCUGUGCGUUCUAGUGGAGAUGUGCGUUGUGCUAUAUGAUUGUUUCUCAAAUUUCUGCAUUAUAGAACUGAUCUUGCAAUCUCUUCUUAUCUACUGAAUGUUCCCCACGAGUGCAGAAUCUUUUUCAGAGUAUCUGGGUAAAUGGGUGACUGAGGAACCAAGGGGUAGGGGGAACAAUGCUCAAUUGUGUACACUUGGUGUUUUUUAGUUCUGGUAUGUUCCUGCUUCGUGUGCUGUUCCUUUAUCUUUGUAUCCCUUAAGAGUUUCCUUUCUCUCAUGCACGUUUUUUUUUUAAUCCUCCAAGUAGUAGGUGGCUGGUUUUGUUUGCCCUAGCCACAUGAGCCUGUGUGAAUCUCUUGGGAAGCCAAGAAUGGUAAGUGUGUGUGUGUGUGUGUGUAUGACAUUAUUGGCAUGCCAAAUCAUUCUUCUAACCUGAUCCUUUCAGAAGGAAAGGGAAGGUCAUGUAAGUCUUUGCCCUCCAAAAACUGCUGUUUCUCCCCUAAAACUGGUGCAUAAAGAAAUCUCUUAUGUGUUUAAUCUCUGUUUGUGCUUCUUGCUUUAGGACAAAAGAAAUUCUGUUUCGAAGUUUGAGAUCUGCUGUUCCCUAUUUAACUUCUGUGUACUCACACCCUCAUCUUGGUGCCAUUGCAGAGUCUGUGGCAUUUCGUAACAACAGGGCUUGAAGCAACUCCGGUGUGCAGAGCAGUCUGCCAUCUAACUUUUAGACUGAAAUGAACCGUGGGUGCUAUGUGGCUGCCUCAGGGUAGGCCCAAUACUUGCACGUCGUGAGAUUGGUCCUUGAUCAAAUAUGUGGGGGAAGAGGAGUGGCAGGGAGGUGGGCUUGAUCACAGAGGGGUUUCUGAAAUAGUUCAACCUGCUUAUGAGGGCCUGUGUUCCAAAUGCUGCAUUUCACUGCUGGCUACACAAGUUGAAAGGGUGACUGUUCAAUGAAGCCAAAGUAAACUUUUUAUUUUCUGUCUUGGCUGAACAGAGUUACUAGAAUUUACCCGUACUGUGUAUUUUUACUUCCCUGAAGAAAAUAGAUUUCUCUAGCUGUAUGCUUGUAAGUAUAUUUCUGUCUGGAUGUACCCUCUUCUCAUGUUUUGGUAAGGCUUUUAAGAAUCUCUCUGGCGAAAAAGCCCUUGGCAUCUGUCUGCAAGGGAUAUCCUCCCGAGGCAAGAGAAACCAUGUGCAUGAAUGAAGGGAACUGCAAAGAGCUCAGUGUUUUAGGGGAACUAUAGGCUUUAGUGUGAUGGAUGUGUGACUGAGGCCUGAUAUUUGGAGGGGAAGGUCAAAGGCUACUUAUUUGCGGGGGGGAGGGAGAGGGAGGCACAGUGCGCACAUGCAUUUGUGUUUGCAUGCACUUGUAAAUAGAGCCUGCUCUGUGAAGACCUGUCCUGGUCACAGUGGGAAGUGACUGAAAAUGAGAGUGGCCUUAAUAGCUUCUGUGGUGUCCACGAAAUAAAUUCAAAUAGACCUUACUAGAGGUGGGCUUGUAAAAGGAAAUCCGACUUUUGCAUCUGCUAGACCCCUCACACUGCUUAUGUAGUUGAGGCUGGGUUUUUAAACAGGUUAGCUGAAGUGCAGGAGAGGGAGGGGAGACUAGUUAGGGAGAGAGCGGGUCAGAAAACCUAGUGCCGCAGGGAGGAGCAUAAUGAAAACUUCAGAUUGAUGUAAAGGAGCAGUGGGCAUGCUCUGCUUCUAGACUAGAAAUGUGUCCGUAUGGCAAUGUGUACGCUUAAAACGUUUUUGUUCUGCUUUCUAUCUUUAGUGACAUUGCUUCCUAUGACAACUACUCUCAGUUCAUUGUUUGCUGAUCCUACAGAGAGAUCAUUUCUGGGCAGCUCUCAAAAUACUUGAAUGUUGGGUGGGUGGCGUUUGUGUGUUUUGGAGUCUUUUGUCCUGUUCUCCCCUUCCUCCCCCUAGUUCACAAUGAGUAUAAUGAUCUCAGUGGUGGUCCAACUUCUGGAAAAGGUCUUUGUGUAUUUGUGAUAUCACAGCUCCUUUUACAGGCAUGACUGCUCUACAACACCUUUCCUCGUUUGUACAGGUACUGGACCGAAUAUCCAUGCUGAAUCUGAGUUAGUGCCCCACAUGUGCGUGCUCUUUUGUACUUGGAUGCCUUCUCUCUGGGGGGAUUAUUUUAAUCCCAGAUGGUUUAGAGGAAAAAAUAGGAACUGUUUAGCUAUUUAAGAGAUGACAACUAAAAAAAAAAUUAAUUACAGACUAAAUGAAUGAAAUUCAGCACCUUUGUAAAUGUUUAAGAAGAAUUCCAUUGCUGUGUAAUGGCCGAACCUGUUAACUUAUUAAACUACAUGGAAGUUGCAAACCUGA